AUGCUUCGUCGCGUGCUGUCUCGCGGCCCACUCCCACGGUCGCUGUCGGUGGGCCCCGCGACGAAGCUGACGGCGAACAGAGGCAAGCUCGCCAAGAGUCGUGGCGUUCAUGUGCACUUUCUCACCACCUCCGAGUGUGCAGCGGCGGCCGGUGAUGCUAGCGUCCCUAUUCCGCCAGGCUUUACCGGCAAGGCAGGGGAGGUCGACUUCCAGACCGUCUGGACGACCGCGCAGGAUCCGGCCGCAGCGGAGAGCGCUGUGACGAAGCGUGGCCGAAAGACAACCGGGGCCAGGCUCGCUGGGGAAAAGCCUGCCGAGCUCGUGGCGGGGAUGGGCGCCCACUCCACGGUGCGGGAUUACCGCCUCGCGGUCACGGCCGCCGUGCGCAAAGCCAAGGUGUGCAACGCCGCGUGGGUGUCGCUGCACCCGCCGAAGCAAGAUGUCUUUACGAUGACGGACCCGUACCACCCGCCGCAGCGGCUGAAGGGCCACGAGAUGGUGGAGAAAACCGCGAUCUUUGCGGUGACGGGGGCGUACCAGUACGACCGCCUGAAAUCGAGCACCCUCGCCUCCAAGGAUCCUGCAAAGACGAGCAGCACCCGCGCGAGGCGGGCGGAAUCGCGGGCCAAGCAGCCCGCCGCUCCACAGCCGCCAAUGGAGCUUGUCGUGGCGUCGAGCAAUGCGCAGGCGGUGCGCGCGGGUGAGGUGAUCGGGCACUGCGUCAACGACGCCCGGAACCUCGGCAACCUGCGCGAGGACGAAGGUGUGCCGGAGUUCUAUGUGGAGUGGGCGAAGAAAUACAUGAUACCAGAGGGCAUCAAAGUGCGCAAGGUGCUGCGCGGACAGCAGCUCGAGGAGGCGGGCUUGCACCUCAUGUACAACGUCGGCCGCGGCUCUCGCUAUGAGCCGUACUUGAUGGUGCUUGAGUACAUCGGCAAUCCCCGCUCGAGCGCGACGACGGCCAUCGUGGGCAAGGGCGUGACCUUCGACUGCGGCGGCCUGAACAUCAAGCCCUAUAACUCGAUGGAGACGAUGCACAGCGACAUGAUGGGGGCGGCCACCGCCUUCUGCACUCUCAAGGCGAUCGCGAAACUGCAGUUGCCCAUCAACGUUGUGGCUGCGGUCGGACUCGUGGAGAACGCCAUCGGCCCCGAAAGCUACCACCCCUCCUCCAUCAUUACUAGCCUCAAGGGGCUCACGGUGGAGGUGCUCAACACCGACGCUGAGGGUCGCCUGGUACUCGCAGAUGUGUUCACGUACGUGCAGAGGUACGCACCGCUCGAUAAGAAGCCUACCCGCAUCAUCGACCUUGCGACUCUCACGGGUGCCAUUGUUGUCGGUCUCGGCUCGCGCCGCGCCGGGCUGUUUUCGCCAUCUGCGACGCUGGCGAGUUCGCUGAUGGCUGCCGGCACGCAGUGCGGGGAGGAGCUGUGGCCGAUGCCGAUCGGUGACGAGCACAAGGACAUGAUGAAGGGGGGCAUUGCCGACUUGAUCAACGCUGCUCCCGGUCGGCAGGCCGGCUCUUGCACCGCCGCCGCGUUCAUCUCCAACUUUGUAGAGCCGGAGGUGCAGUGGGCGCACCUCGACAUCGCCGGCGUGGCAGAUGUCGGAGAUAAGCCCAAAGGCUACGAUCCGGCUGGGGUGACGGGCUUCGGCGUGCAGCUUCUGGUCGACUUCCUGCGCCACAAUAAGCCUUAA